AUGGUCCUCAAAUCCCUGUGUCAGGCUGGACAUAUUUGGAAAUAUUCAAAUAUGGGGGUUGAGUGUUACUUCCAGAACAUUAGACUGGCUAAAUGGGCAGACAUGCUCUUCCUAUGUGUCUUGCCCUCUCAUCUACCUCAAGUCUGCGCAGACAUUGGCUGCUAUCUGCCUUCAGGCUGUCUGGUGUUCAGCUUCACCUCGGCAGUGCCACUCAACAGGCUUGCUGUGCUCCUUGACAACAGUUUUAUUAUCAAACCCCAGUUUGAGUUUGUGGCUUGUGAUGAUGUCAAUACAAUUUGGCUUCUUCACAAUCGAGUGACCGCAGCUUUAAAGGAUAAAGAAGUGAUUUCAGCCUCAGUUCCUCUAUCAGUGAAUGGUGUACUCCACUGUUUGCUGAAGGUGGCCUCUGCUGAGCUCUACAGUCUCCUCAACAUGUGCACGACAGAGAAGCUGGGCUCUGGAAAGACUCUUCAGCUGCUAAACAGGCUGUUUGAGACUAAGACUUUUAUCUAUCACAGUUUUGUAAGUUUACCCUCACCCUGACGAGUGAUUCACCCUCACCCUGACGACCUUUUUCCGUGGAUCAGUUUGGUUGAUGCACAAACUAAAGACACUCCACUGACUGAUUUGGUGUCAGGAGAUAAAGGUUUGCGAGAUUGA